AUGCGCAGUAGAAGGAGGGCCGCGAGCUGCGUGGGCUUGUGUCUAGGCGCCUGUGGUUCGGGGCCUUGUGCUGGCACCGGGGGCGCCGUGUUGGCGACUUUGGCACUCUUGGCGUUGGGUGGGCGGCAUCUUGGGGGUCACAUGAGCCAGUGGCAUCAUGCCCACGGGCGCUGGGGUCAGGGUCGCGGCUUUUCUGGACGUUCGUCGGCCAAGAGGAAGGGCGGAAACCACAUCCCGGAAAGGUGGAAAGACUAUCUCCCAGUUGGACAGCGGAUGCCUGGGACUCGUUUCAUUGCUUUCAAAGUUCCUCUAAAAAAGAGUUUUGAAAAGAAUCUUGCUCCAGAAGAAUGUUUUUCCCCCUUGGAUCUUUUUAACAAAAUCCAAGAACAGAAUGAAGAACUUGGGCUGAUUAUUGACUUAACAUAUACUCGCCGCUAUUAUAAGCUAGAGGACUUACCAGAAACUAUUCCUUAUUUAAAAAUUUGUACAAUUGGGCAUCAGGUGCCAGAUGAUGACACUAUUUUUAAAUUCCAAUGUGCUGUUAAUGGGUUUUUGAAAGAAAAUAAAGAUAAUGACUUCUUGGUGUCCACUGUACCCAUGGUUUAAACAGGACUGGCUACCUCAUGUGCAGAUAUUUGAUUGAUGUAGAAGGCAUGUGGCCAGAUGAUGCAAUUGAAUACUGGUGUUUUAUCUUUACAAGUUCUCCGUCAUUCCAUAAGAAAGCUGCUCGUCUUCUGGUUUCAUAAGAGAUGGUGAACAGUGGUAAAAUAUCCAGUUGACCAAAAUUUCUAGAGUACACUUCAGGGAGCGAAUGAUGGGGUGGAAUGUUGGGGCAGAGUGAGAGAUACAGAUUCUGGUGAGACUGAGAGUCAUGCACAAAAAUUACUGGGCUGUGGUGAAGGGAGAACAAAACUAAAUCAGGUUCCUGCUGGUGGACAGGAAGCCAAAAUGAAGAAAAAUGGUGCGUAGCUGGGCAGUGUAAUUAGGCCCCUAAGUGCUGUGUCUUCUGAUAGUAAUUAUGAACAGAAACCAAAUAAUAGUUACUAAUAACAUGGAGGUGACCAAUCCUUGAGAGCUGAGGCAGAGAGAAGGAAAGAUGGCAUUAUACCUUGUCUCUGGUUCCUUGAGUUUCCCAGGCUGGUUUGUGACCAAUCUUGGGUGAAAUCAUAACGAAAUCAUUUCUGCUAAGGUGAUCAGCUUUCGUGGGGUCCUUUCUCUGCACUCUGUCCAAUGAUAAAGCCCACUGGUUUAUGCCUCCUGGAAAACAGUUAUUCCAAAGCAGUAUAAGUGAAGCAUUGAUGAAACAGCCAUGAAGAACAUGUUUCCACAUGGCCUCGCACCACCUUUUCAAAGUGCUGUAAAACUUUUUUCAUCCAAAAAUCAGUAACAGAAAAGGAUUGGGAUCAAAUCCCGUACAGAGUUAGUGUAAGGAAAAGAGAAUAAGGAGCAGAAUAGCAUCUCUUGAGACAAUAAAAUCAAGUUGGAAAAGACAGGUCCACAAAAGAGAUCAAAACUGUAACCUAUUAUUUCAAAGUGGGCUAAAAGAUGUUAGGAAAAACAAUGCAAAAGAUGAAAGAACAUGGAUCGAGGAGGGAAUGGGAAGUUAUUGUUUAGUGGCUAUAGAGUCUCUGUUUGGGAUGGUGAAAAAGUUCUGGAAAUGGUAAAUGCUGAUAAAUGCCACCUAUGGGUGUUUGGUUUUAGUUGAUCUUCUUCCAUGAAAGGGUUUGGAGAGAUUCAGAAACUAUGCUGCUGCCUCCAUCUUUCUGAUGUCCUGCUCAAUCUUUUGACAUAAUUAUUUUGAAUUUGCACAGUGGUGAUGGUUGCACAGCAUUGUGAAUGUCUUUAAUGUCACUGAAUUGUAUACUUGAAAAUGGUUGAAAUAAUAACUUUUGUUUUAUGUAUAUUUUACCAUAAUAAAAAACAGAUGAAAGAACAGCAUAAACCAGAAUUAGGUAAGAUGAUAGAACUCAAGACAGAAUUCAAAAUAAAAGAAAAAAAUUUCAGAAAUGAGGACUAAACUUAAAAUAAUACAAGAGUGGGGACUUCCCUGGUUGUCCAGUGGUUAAGAAUCCGCCUUGCAAUGCAGGGGAUGCAGGUUCGGUCCCUGGUUGGGGAACUGAGAUCCCACAUGCUGCAGGGCAACUAAGCCCGCACGCCGCAACUAUUGAACCCACGUGCUCUGGAGGCCACGCGCCACAACUGGAGAGCCCACGAGCCGCAAGGAAGAGCCCACGCACUGCAACAAAGAGCCCACGUGCUGCAACUAAUACCUGACACCUCCAAAAAUAAAUAAAUUAAUUAAAUAAAUUAAAUAAAAUAAUAUGAGUGAAUGAACAUAAUGGAUAAUGCCUUAAGAGAAACAAACAAGAAGAGGAAAAAUUUUUUUUAAAUCAAAAAGAAGAUAAAAAGAAUUUUAGAGGAAUGGCAAACAUAAAAGAUAGGCAAAAAAGAGUCAGGACAGCUCUGAAAAGAGAAAUAUAAAUACGUAUAAGGGGCUUUCCUGGUGGUGCAGUGGUUAAGAAUCCUCCUGCCAAUGCAGGGGAUAUGGGUUCGAUCCCUGGCCCAGGAAGAUCCCACAUGCCGUGGAGAAGCUAAGCCCGUGAGACACAACUGCUGAGCCUGUGUGCCACAACUACUGAAGCCCACGCGCCUAGAGCCUGUGCUCGGCAACACGAGCCACCGCAAUGAGAAGCCCACUUGCCGCAACUAGAGAAAGCCUGCGCACAGCAACAAAGACCCAAAGCAGCCAAAAAUAAAUAAAUAAAUACAUUAAAAAAUAUAUAUAUAUACGUAUAAGAAUCUGUUAUACCAUAAAAGUGACAUUUCAAAUCAGUGGGACAGAUUAGUCAAUAAAUUGUGAUACAUAAAUGUUGGGGUAUAAAUAUUUCUCUGGAAGGAUCCACAGCACGGCCAAAGCAGAUGUCUCUGAGGAGGGAAAUGUGUGGCUGGGGAACGUGGGGAAAAGGGUCACUUUUCAUUGAAUACCCUUGUGUACCUUUUCUAGUGGUCUGUCAUGUGAAUCUAUCACCUCUGAAGUUUGCCUGAGUUCAAACCCCAGUUCCCCCAAUUGCUAGCUCUUAAUCUUGGGCAAACUCUUCACACUCUCCAAGCCUCUUUAUCUGUGAAAUAAGGUCAGUAACUUAGCCUGGUGCUGCUUGGCACAGAAUAAACUCUCAAAAAAUGGACAUUAUUAGUGAAAAAAACCCAAAUGCCCAUCAGUGGAUGAAUGGAUUUUUUAAAUGUGGUGUAUAUGUGAAAUAUUAUACAGCCAUAAAAAGGAAUGAAGUACUAACACAUGCUACGACAUGGACGAACUUGAAAACAUUAUGCUAAGUGAAAGAAGCCAGACACAGUGGUCACAUUGGUAUUAUUUCAUGAAAUGUCCAGAAGAGGCAAAACCAUAGCGACAGAAAGCAAAUUAAUGGUUGCCGGGACUGAAGGAAGAGGGGAUGAAGAGUGCCUGCUGAUGCUUAAGGGGGCUUCUUUUUGGGGUGAUGAAAACGUGAUGGGUUAGAUGACGGUGAUGGUUGCAUAGGCUUGUGGAUGUACUAAAUGACACUGAAUUUGCAGUUUCAGAAGGUGAAUUUUAUGGCAUGUGAAUGACAUCUCAAAAAAAUAAUUUUGAAAAUGAAAAUUGCCAAUUUUCCCAUAGUCACUAUCCACUGUCUCCAUCUCUCCCUUCUCCCCACUGCAUUCCUUUUCACGCCCACCCCUGCCGCUCUCUCCCAUCGUCACUCCCUCGAGCUGCCCCACGAGGCCUCCCAGGGAGCCUCUGAACCCCUGGGCGCCUGUGUCCUGUGGCUGUUGGAGCUGUUGCCCAGUGCGCGUGCCCCCACCACUCUCACCCGUGAGAGUGGACGCUUCCGUCGGAUUUUUUCUCGUGCGUUUCAGUUGAUGGUGAUGUUUACAAAAGGCGGCACGUGCCCUGCUCAAUGGAGGAAGCCCCUCAAGUUAAUAUUUAGGCCCCUCCAGAAGUUUGAUCUCAUCCACCAGUAACCUCAGGAUGCUGUGCUCUGAAAGCCAGGUUGGCCGCCUACGGGCAUCUGCAAAUACAGAGGACUUCAGAGGCAUUUGGGCCUCAAAUUGAGUCCUUGUACCUCCACAUGGGAUGUGACCUCAGCCCUUUGCUGCACCUCUGUAAGUGAAGUGGCACAGGAAUACUGGCCUUGCCUGUCGUUGCCCAGGUUAACUGAAUAGUGCAUUGGCUCCCCUCGUGCUUAGGUGUUGAGUACAUGGUGAUUUACAUACCAGGCCCUAUUCGUGGGCCUCCUGAUGUAGCAGUUCCCUUGGCUCUGCCCCUGUCGUCAGCUGCCCCUAGGAUAACUCUGAGCCCUAGCCACUUCUCUGGUAGAUUUCCCUAUUCCCCCACUAUAAUCCCACCUGAAUAAGGCAACUCAGACCUUUCAGAGAUGUGUCCUGAACCUCUUGUUUUCUGAAAUACCUAUCUGGUGGUUGUGAGACUUAAGGCCAACCUCCCCAAGAGACUUUUACUAUUUCUCCUAGUAAACCUAGACUCAUCUUCUGUCAUCUUCGGCUCUGCUCAAAUUGUGUUCUUUCAACCCAGACCUCUGACCCUGCUUUUUACUUCUGCCAUUUCAUCCUCACUCCUGCUUCCUUUCAUAAAUCCAUAAAUCUCUUUUGGCCUUCCUAGCCCUGGGCCAAGUUCCUUCCUCUUUCCUCAGUUUUUACCCCUUUCCUUCAUUCUCCCAUCCAACUUUCAGUCCUUCCUUUCUCAUGCAGGCUUUGAUUCCAACCCCAUCAAAAAAAAAAAACGCGCCACAGUUAGCAUCUCAAAAUUCGAAAGGUUGAUUACUCAUCUCUUAAUUCUAUUACAUUUAUUUAUUCAGUUCUAUUGUUUUAAAAUAUAUCAAAGUAAACAGGAAUUUAUAUCUAUCUUAUCUAUAUAUGGAAGAACAGCUGGUACCCAAGGUGGCACCAACAUUCCUAGCAGCUCUUACUUUACAUAUAUGUAGUAGUCAGCAAUUUCCAUUUCUUUUUCCCUCUCAAUGAAAAAUUGCAGUUUCCCCGAAGAGGUGUAUCUGGCAGCAUUCUCACGUUGUUGUUGAGCCCGCCUCUUCAUGGCCUCUCGCUCUGGCCUCUGCUCUCGUUCGAUGGGCUUUGACAUUACUGGCUCAGGCACAUUGGGUUCCCUCCAUGGAAUUCGUUGCUUGCUGAAGUCUUGGCGUAGAAGUUGGGUUUGGCGCUUGGGUGGGGACUGGCGCUUAGUCACAGCAGGGGAAACGGGCUCCCGCUGGAGAGAAGUGCAAGAUGAAGUUUUGUAGGGUGCAGGCCUAGGAGCAGCAGACUGAGGGACACUAGGCUGGGUAUGGUUGGUCCACCCCGGUUGGGUUGGGUUGGUCACAGUUGGCUGAGCUGGUUUGGCGGGACCUGGCAAAGAGGCAGGAGCUGGCUGGGAUGAAUUGACUGCAGCAGGUUGAGCUGAGUUAGUAGAAGCAGGCUGGGCACGGUAAGCCACAGCAGGCCGAUGUGAGGCCAGAGACUGUGGCCUCCGAGGAGCGGGUCGAGCUUGAGGCUUGUCCCAGGCAGAAAAAGGCAGAGGUAUCAACCUGACCUUUGCAGGAGGAGGCAGCUCAUACCGGGAUGGAGAUGGACACUCUGUUUCAGCACUGCUGUCUGGUUUCUGGGCUUCGACUUGAGUUUUCUCAGGACUCUUACCCUCACGUGGGGUAUGCCGCCGUGGCUGGAUAGCUGGGGGUGGCUGGGGGUCUUUCGGGUUGCUUGAAUUUCUCAAGACCCGACAGGAAGAGAGCCCAGUUCUCGUAUCAUUCUUCUUCCCGAGUGCAUGAAGAACCUUCACAGACUCCAGCAUGCGCACGCCAAGGGAGGUUCGAGGCUUUUUAAAGCUCUCUUGGAGAAGCUCAGUUUGGUGUUUCUUUCGCUUCGUCUCGGGAAUUGUUGGCUUCUCUUCUGCCUUGACUUUGUUCCCUGACUGCUUGUUCUCUUCAGCCUUGUUUCUUCCUCUGGUCCUUUUGGUCUUUUCCUGCCCAUGGCUCUUAGUUUUGCUGAUCUUUCUGGAUGCAGCUUUCUGAGGUUUGCCUUCAGAGUGCUUGGCCGUGUUCACGGGAGCCCUGUCACUGACUGCAGCCUUGCAUAUAACCACUUCUCCCCCUAACAGGCACUCUGGAUUCUUUGGCUGGAUUUUGGCCUUGGGAGCACCACUGAUAGGCUCAGAGGCUUUAUGUUUGUUCUUCCUGGGUUGAUCAGAGGGAACCUUUAUGACACUUGGCUUUUCCUGCACCUGAUUCACCUUAGUGGCUCUGGUGUCCUUAGCUUUGAUCACGUUGGGACCUUGGGAUGGAUCAAGAUCUUUCAAAGAACUAAAGAGCUGGGGAAGUGUAGUAAUGUCUGCAAAACCACUGCUAGAUUCAGUCCCAUUUUCAAGUGUCCCUAGGUCCUCACGACUCAGGCUGUUCUUUCCCAGAUCAGCAUUUUCAGAACCAGGCUGCUCCUCUUAGCUGAGGGGAUCGGUGUAGGCCAGCGGCUGGUGAAUAUCAGGGAUUUCUAAAGGGAGUAGUGGAGGAUCUUGGUUUUCUUUUGGGAUAUGUUAGGCAUCCAGAAUCUUUGAAAGCUUGGUGUUAAUAUCAUCCAAGUUCUUACUCUCUAUUUGUCCUGGCUUGGAGCUGGAGGCAGGGCCAGGAGACGACUGGCACUCUGGACUGGAGCUGUCACUGAAAUGUCCCCAAGUUCAGGUGGUGGGUUACUCUUAAGUAUCUGAAUAUUUCUGCUACUACAGGGCUUGGGGAGUUCUUGAGUUUGUGUCACACAAAUGUCUGGCUUGGAGGUUGCAAUCCCAGGGAAUUUUUCAUCACCAGGGAAGUCUCCAUUACUACAAAGGGAAUCAAGGUAAAAGUCAGUCCCUUGUAAGUGAGAUGCUCCCACUAAACUCCAACACAGCAAUCAUGUACCGUUCAAGGUACAUGAUUGCUGUGUUGGUGUUUAGGGGCAAGAUGGGCGAGGCAUUUCUAGUAACUCUUCUUAAGGAUCAUGGACAGUGCCCUAUGCUACGAGAUAAGCGGUGACUGUUGUAAUUCUUACUGGUGAUCACUUCAUGUCACUGAUUCUUGGCUUUCUUUGUAUUUCAUAGGAUUGUUGUAAGUCCAAUCCAAAAUGAGUCUUAUUUUUAAAAAACUGAAAUGUUUUACAAAGCCUAGCAUUCUCAUACAGCGUCCUUUCAAUUCUCCCCACUUUCCUGAGAGGCUAAGAACACUUCACACCAUGCACUAGGAGAGGGGGUAGAGCCCUUUCUGAUGAAAUAUAUAAACAAAGACAGAGGCUUAGCCUGCUUGCUCUCUGGACAGGAUCUCGGACCACAAGGUCUUAAAUCCUGGUAUAAAUUAAGGAAGUGAGGAUAGUUAAACUGGCACUCUCAUCACAAGAGUUCUGAAACACCUUCCAAAGAGACUAUAAGCAGUAGAUCAGGGAAGGGAGUGCUACAGUGUGGUAGUACAGGGGGAAUGAUCGGCUACAGCAGUGAAAAAUGUGGUACCUAUUGGUGUGCUCUCGGGGUUCUUGUACAUGUAGCAUAGAUGACCUUUACAGUGUCCCUCCCACCUUCCCACCUGCAUUAGGUGUUCUUUUUUUGUUUUAAUUUGUUUAUUUAUUUAUUUUUUGAACUUAUUUAUUUUAUGUAUUAAUUUUUUUGGCUGCACUGGGUCUUCAUUGCUGUGCACGGGCUUUCUCUAGUUGCGGCUAGCGGGGGCUACUCUUGGUUGCGGUGUGCGGGCUUCUCAUCGCGGUGGCUUCUCUUGUUGCGGAGUAUGGGCUCUAGGCGCGUGGGCUUCAGUAGUUGUGGCUCAUGGGCUCUAGAAUGCAGGCUCAGUAGUUGUGGCACAUGGGCUUAGUCGCUGCACGGUAUGUGGGAUCUUCCCAGACCAGGCCUCGAACCCGUGUCCCCCGCAUUGGCAGGCGGAUUCUUGACCACGGCGCCACCAGGGAAGCCCUAGGUGUUCUCAUGUAGAGUCUAAAAACAGAGGGCACUGAGCGAAGGUAGUGCUUAUUAAAGGCUCAGGAUCUAAAUUCUACCUGUCUCUACACCACCUCCCAGCUGUAGAUUUGACCCCAUUUUUGAAUGCUGACCUCAUUCUUCAACUUUCUUGCUGUUUGUGGGGCUUGCACUUUGGCAUUUUCUUAAAAGCUAAACAUAAACUUACUGUAUGACCCAGCAAUUCCAGUCCUACGUAUAUAUGCAAAAGAAAUGAAAACAUAUGUCCACAGAAAAACUUUUACAAAAAUGUUCAUAGCAGCAUGAUUCACGUUAUCCGAAAAAAAAAAAAAUAAAACAAUCCAAAUGUCCAACAACUGGCAACUGGAUAAACAAAAUGUGGUAGAGCCAUACAAUGGAAUACUAACCAGCAAUAAAAAGGAGUACUGGUACACACUAUAACAAGGAUGAAUCUUGAAAACAUCAUGCUAAGAAGCUAGAUGCAAAGACUAGAUAUUAUAUAAUUCUAUUUACAUGAAAUGUGCAGAAAAGGAAAAAGGCAGAUUGGAGGUUGUCUGGGGCUGGGAAUGUGGAUUGAUUGCAAACAGGUAUAAGGGACUUUUCUGGGUAACAAGUGUUCUAAAACUGGAUUGUGGUGAUGAUUGCACAGCUCUGUAAAUUUACUAAAAAUAUUUGAAUUGUAUACUUAAAAUGGAUGUAUUUUAUGGUAUGUAAAUUAUACUUCUAUAAAGUGUUUUAAAAAUCUCUGUAAAGAUAUGCAAGAACAAGUCACACUGAGUAGCUCUGGAAAGGAAAGAUGGGUGCCUGGGAAACGGGAGAGGGAAGACACUUUAUCAAAUACUCCUUUAUAUAUUUUUAAUUUUGUACCAUGUAUUAUCAGUUUAAGAAAUGAGAAUAAACAAAACAAAAACUUAUAAGGAA